AUGAACGGGAUUCAAGUUGACAUCAACCAUCUGAAGAAGGGUGAGGUGAGUCUGGGUACUUCCAUUAUGGCAGUGACCUUUGACGGUGGUGUUAUAUUAGGGGCUGACUCCCGUACAACGACGGGGGCGUACAUUGCAAAUCGUGUCACUGAUAAGUUGACGCGGAUCGACGAUAAAAUCUGGUGCUGUAGAUCUGGGUCUGCAGCUGACACGCAAGCGGUGGCAGAUAUUGUCCAGUACCAUCUGGAACUGUACACCUCACAGUACGGUACUCCAUCGAUCGAGACCGCCGCGGCUGUCUUCAAGACGCUGACGUACGAAAAUAAGGACGCGCUAAGCGCCGGUAUAAUUGUUGCAGGGUACGACGACAAAAAAAAGAAAGGUGAAGUGUACAGUAUCCCGCUGGGUGGAUCUGUCCACAAGCAGAAAUACGCUAUUGCAGGGUCCGGUUCUGCAUUCAUAUACGGGUACUGUGAUAAAAACUACAGAGAGAACAUGAACAAGGAAGAAACGGUCGAGUUCGUAAAACAUUCGCUAUCGCAGGCAAUUAAGUGGGAUGGCUCCUCCGGUGGUGUCAUUAGAUUGGUCAUCCUGACGGAAAGUGGCGUGGAAAGACUCAUUUUCUACCCAGACGAAUAUGAAAACUUAUAA